CAUUUAAUAUAUUAGUUAGUCGUCGCAUAUGUCAUGAUGCAACAAGCAAAAUCAACGGAAGACCCGACAUGCCAUCUCGACCAGUUGAAAGAACAUUUUAGCAGGUAUUUGAUUGCUCUUCGACCAUGGUCUUUCACCGCUAGUUUUACACCAGUCGCCCUUGGAAGUGUUCUGGCAUUUAAAGCGUUUGGAAGUUUCUCCAUCGUCAUUUUUCUGAUAACAUUAUUGACUGCGCUUUCUGUGCAUGCAGCUGGAAACUUGGUCAACACUUAUGUUGAUUACCAAAGAGGUAUAGACAACAAAUCCAGUGAUGACAGGACACUCGUUGACAAGAUACUGAAUCCAGAAGAAAUCCAAUGGCUGGCAAUGGUGUUAUACUCAGUGGGAAUUGUUGGAUUUCUAUGUCUGAGUUUUAUAUCCGAUGCACCAAUGGAACAUCUUGCAUUAAUAUUUUUCUGUGGAUUGUCAGGAAGCUUUUUAUACACUGGAGGACUUGGCUUCAAGUACAUGGCAUUGGGUGAUGUCAUUGUGUUUCUAACAUUUGGACCAGUGUCAGUCAUGUUUGCAUUCCUGGGGCAGGCGGGGAGAAUCUCAUUUACCUCUCUUCUGUAUGCAAUACCUCUGGUCCUGCAUAUAAUAGGUAUACUUCAUGCUAACAAUACGCGUGACAUGGAUUCGGACAAGAAAGCAAACAUUUUUACUGUUGCGAUUCUUCUGGGAUGGACAGGCUCCUACCUGGUUUUCACAAUAUUGAUAUUCCUGCCGUACCUCAUGUUGUUCCAGUGUGUGUUACAUGUCUCAUGGUGGAUGAUUCUUCCAGUGCUUACAGUACAAGAAGCAUUCAACAUUGAAAGGCAGUUUAGAGCUAGGCAGCUCAACAAGAUACCACAUAAAGUAGCUAAACUGAACUUUCAGAUGGGCAUUCUCUAUGUGCUUGCAGUGUUCCUUACUGACACUAAAUUGCUUCCCACAUUAUUGUAGGCAUAUAUUGGCGAAAUUGAUGGGUGAUUGAUUAUAAUGCCAUGUUGAAUUGAAAUACAGCUGUUAUUAAGUUAAUCUUGUAAUAAAUAAUAUAACAGUA